AUGUCACUAUUAGAUCCAAAUGAAGCGGCAAAGAUUUUUUUCCUCGAAAAUCAUGAAAUAAUCAGCAGUUGGCACAAAAAUACGAAUAAAAACAGCCUGGCUUACUUAAAAAUCCCAAAGUUCAAGCUAGGAAAAUACUCAGAAGAAAAUAUUCGAUUGAUGAUUGAAAAUAAUGAUGCUACUAGCAUCUCAGAAUAUUUUAGAGUGAUAAACUGUUUAGCUUACAAUAGGGACGACAAGAUAAAAUUCGUGCAUUUGGAGGAACUUCUAGGCUCCAAAUAUGAGCUGCCAAUUUUGUCUCUGCUUAUAAAAUCUCCAAUCGACAAUCUCGAAGAAAGGUUUGCGAAUCAAGUUUUUAGGCUUUUAGAAUCAAACGAUAUUUAUGACUGAAUGAGAAGGUCUGAUUCAUUUGUAAGUGAAAGCCUAAAAGUAAAAGAAAAAAUCGUGAGUUUUGCAACUUAUUUCUCUUUUGUUUUAAAAUAUUCUGAAGAUAAAUUGAAGUUCAUCAGAGAGUUAGGUGAAUGAAAUUUAAUCAAAACAUCAGAAUUUUUGAUGAGAUUUGCUUUCGAUAGAAAUGAGUGUGUAGAUGAGUUUUUUUCCUUUAAUUGUGAGGCCUUAAAAUUCUUUAAAAUAGAGUUCAAUUUUCUGAGAGAGCAAAUAUUGAAUAAUCUGAUUGACAAUAUUUGUUCAUGGCAAGCAUUUUCGAAUGCUUUAAGUUUAGCCAAUCAUAUCAAAUUUGAACAAAGCACUAUCGAAAAACUGUGCAAAAUAACUCAUGACUUUUUUUAUUGGAACUGAGAUACUGUAUUAGAUUUUUUUACAUCUGGAGAAGAAGUCCUAAAAAUAUCUUAUAAUUAUCUGAAAUCCAAUUAUAUCAGCCUUAAAAGUAAAAGAAGCAUUGACAUGAUGACUAAAAUUUUAGAAGUAUUGUUCAUUUAUACUUCAAAUAUUGCUAAAAAAUCAGCAAGUGCACUUUUUGAAGAUAUAAAACUAGAUGAAUUCAUCAAGACAGAAGAGGUUUUAGAUCACUUUAUACUGCCUAUUGAAAAUAUAAUUAAUGCGCAAUUAACAAGUCCAGAUCGUUGAUAUAACUUGUUAGACGCUUUUUUCGAAACUCUUCCGAAUGUAAAAAACAAGAGUUUAGAGCGGGCUAAGAGUCAUGUACCAAUGCAAGCUUUAAACUUAUACUUAGAUCGAAAUAGAAUACAAGAAUGAAAAAUUAAAAAGAUACAGCAAUAUUUACAGUCAUUUAUUUCUCAGUUUGAAGAGAUAAAUAAUUGGACAAAAAUUGAAAUUUCAGAUUUUUUCAUAGCUACUUUUUCAUAUUUGCCUACUAUUCAAAGUGAUUUUAACACUUAUUUAAAUACAGAGCUUCUCCCUAGUUGGAAUAAAAUGAUUGCUCCUAUGGAAGAAAGAAUUGAAUCAGAAGAUAUUGAUGCAAAUCUACGCAAUCAGUGAUGAUUAUUAUAUAAUGCUAUUGGAGUGGCUAAGAGCAUCAAGAAUUUACAAAUUAAUACCAAAGAUCAAUUUAAUUAUCUUGCUGUUAACGAAUUUGAAGAUUUUAUAGGCACAUAUAUUUCUAUAAUAAGGAAAAAGAAAGUCAAAAAAUUGUUUUUAUUUUAUAGAGAUAUCAGUGCAUACCUUGAAGAUUUUAAUUUCAAUAAAAUUAGUUAUGAGGACAGCAAAAACAGAGUAACAAUUGCUAAAUAUUUUAUAUGCUUAAUCAAAAACUCUUUGGCUGAAGUUUUUAAAGAGUAUGCAAAUAAAUUAAAAAAGAAGCUGCAAGAGUCAGAAGAUAAAGUAAUAAAUACCAUUGAACCUGAAACUAUAGAACAGACAAAAGAUUCUUCUAUUAUGAAAAAUACUUCCUUAGAAAGCGAAGAAGAAAAUUUACCAUCGCUGAUAGAAAGAGCUUUGACAGGGGAUCAGCAAAUUGUUUGUAAUUCGUGUUGGAAUAUUUUUUUUACAAGCAAAGUAGAUCAAGCAAACAAGUUAGAAGAAUUUUUAAUUUCAUUCCUUCACAAAAUGGUAUUUAGCGAUGAUGCUGAACACUUUAUUUUAAGGCAAUAUUUAGCAUCUCAUCUGACAAGACUUUUUAACGGAACUUUAAAUAAAGAAAAUGCAGAUUUUUUUACUGAAGGCAAACAAAGAGCCAUUAAAUUGCAUUUUAAAAGCCCAGAAAGAUUGAAUAAGACUCAAAAAGAAGAACUUACAACAAUUUUAUUUUCUACGCCUAUUAAAGGAGCCUUUUCAAAUGAGAAUAUUUGGAAUAAAAACAUUAGAAACUUAGUUGAAACAACAUAUUUUGCGAACAUCCCAGAUAAUCUUACUCCCAGUUUUUGCUUAUCCAUGGGAUAUUUUGGUUAAUAGUAAAUUUUAUAUGAAUAGAUUGAUUAUUCGAAAUCAUCCAAUAAUAAGCAGAUAUAGCAACUCUAGCUCCCCCCCUCCGUGAGUGAACAAAAAAUUUUGUUAACUCGCGGAAGGGAUUAAUUUUUUUUUUUAAAAAACAAAUUAUAUAUAAAAUUUUAUAGAAAUUUUUUUUAAAAAAAAAUUAAAAAGCUCCUAAUUCGCAAAAAUUGAAGCAAUAUUAAUUUAAUUCAUAAAAUUUAAGUUUUUAAAACGCAAUUUGUUUAAAAUUAAACAGAAUUAGCUCUAAAUUUCAUUAUACUAAUUAUCACUUCUAUAUAAAAUAUUUUUUCCAUUAAAACUUUUUCUAUUAAAAAUUUUUUUUCACUCAGGAGGGUGAGUUUUUGGGCAAAAAUUAGCAAUAUUUUUAACGUUUUUUUUCACUCACGGACGGGGGGAGUAAGUACCCCUACCCAUGUCACCCACCCCUAACGGCCUGAAAAUUUUAAAGUUAAAAUAUUAUUUGGCAAGUCCCCCUCAAAUAUUUUAACUUGUCAAAUUAAUACUUAAACAUGUUAAAAUAAUUAGGACCGUAAGCACGGUGGGUGGCAUGGGAGGGGGUGCUCAAGGCCGAUCUAAAACGGGGUAUAAGUUAUAAAUUACUAUUUAUUUUUUCUUAAAAAAAUACCCCACAAAAGCAAGAAUUUAUUUAUAAGAAUGGGAAGUUAGUGGAAUGACAGUGUUUGGUGGAACUAUUUUACUACAUCCAAGCUUGUCACAGAGUGAUGAUUUGAAAUCUUGUGCCAGAAAAAUAACAUUUAUUCACGAAGCUGCCCAUGCCAUGAGAAAAUAUAAUGAGGGAUCUUAUAAUCCAGAAAAGAAAACUCCAAAAUCAACAAAAACGUUGCUUCUUACUCCCCCCUCAGUGAGUGAAAAAAAAAUUCGUUAGGAUGGUGGUUAAUUUGUUUUAAAAAAAAAAUUAUAUAUAAAUUUCACAGAAAAUAUUUUUUUUCGAAAUUUAAAAAAAUCCUAAUUCGCAAAUUUUGGAAGGCAAAUAUUAAUUUAAUUUAUAAAAUUUAUAUUUUAAAAAGCAAGUUGUUUAAAAAUUAAACAGAAUUAGUCAGAGAUUUCAUUAUACUAAUUAUUAAUUAUAUAUCAAAAAAUUUUUUCUAUAAAACAUUUUUGUUCGCUCAGGGUGGGUUUUUAGAAAAAAAAAAAUUGUUUCUCACUCACGGAAGGGGGGAGUUAGUGGAAUGCCUGGAAACUCAGAAUUUAGUUCUUUCCUUAAAGAUCAUGACAUAAAUGAAGGUGGAAAAUUAAUUGAGAAUGCAAUUUUUGGUGCCUUUUUUACGAAAAUAAACAAAUCACAAAUUGACUAUAUAAAUAAUUUGUCAAAUUGGAGCCAGAGUACUGAAAGUUUUAAAAGACAUAUUGAAGAAAAAGGCCAAGAGGUAUCAAAAGCUUAUGAAUUAGCUCGUGGAAGUCAUUACAUUUCAGGAAUGAGGAAUGAUGGCUGCGAAUACUACUAA